GAGAGUCCUGAAACUUCUACCACUGAUCGGAAAUCAGACGGUCUCUUCUGGACUCCGAAGGAGGUCAAGGAGUCUGAACGUGAAAGCAGUUACUUUGCUGAUCGGAUGGAUCGACAGAGUGAAGACCCUUAUGGAACUGGAAGGCGCGACCGAACGAAAAGUCGUGCUGGGUCCAUCAGUGGAGUAGGAAUGGGUUCUUACAGAGCUCCUUCCAUCUUGGAAACGAGCGGGGGACUCCUAGACCGGCCUAAGAUGUCUCCUUUUGUAGAUGAGCCUGAAGAUAUGACCAAACCGUCACAGGUAGUACCGCAAGUACCACGUCCACCACUUCAUUUCGACCUCCUCUGCCUCCCACCGUUCUUGAGCGUAACAACGAUCCGUUCGAUAUCAUGA